GCCGGACCAGCUUAGCGGAAGUUGUGUACCUUGCUUGCGGAGGUCAACUAUUAAGCCAUCUCUCCAGGCAAGUUAAGGUUGAACUAGUGUGUUCUGGUGAACGGGUGAUUGUGUUACAUUUUACCGACAUGGCAAAGAAGAAGAGGCUGCGUCUCAUAGCAGAAAUGGCUCGGAAGAUCCGGGCGUAUCGGGAGCUGAAGUCGCGUCCGCGGGACUCUCAGAAAUACGCCCUGGACUAUGAGACGAUGAAGCGGCCUCUCACGGGGAAGAUGCUGCCUGUGAUGGCUUGGAGGGAUGUCCGCAAGGAGAUCCGCCUCUUCUCUCUGUUGGCGGGUUUGAAACUGUUCGGGAUUGGCCGAAUGUUCACCCGUAAGUCCUGGCUGGAGGACCACACGGAGCCCAGCUACUGGCAGAUCACCAAGGUCAAGGUGGACCACACAGCUGAGAACAUGGAUCACGGGAAAGCUUGGGGCAUCCUCACGUACAAAGGAAAAUCAGAGAGUGAGGCCAAAGAGGUGGACAAGGUGAUGUACCACGAUUGGCGCCUGAUUCCAAAACACAUGGAGCAGCAGUUUAAAGACUUCACGCCACUCCCGGAGCCUCCGAUGCGCUACGUCCCAUACCCUCCACUGCUGCGUGCAAUGAUGUUAGCUGAGCAUCACAAAGCAGGAGGCAGCGGAGAGUUCAAGGAGCCAGCCCUGCCGUUAAAGAGGGAUGUGAGGCUGACCAGAGCCUAUUUCAUCGCACAAGCUAAAGAGAAACAAAUGACAGAGGGCACAGCUGUAUGAAAGAAAACGUGUGGCUCACAGAUCCUUGGACAUUGCUGUGACUCCAUGUCCUGUUUGUCCUGGACUCAAAUGAGCUUUCUGUAAAUGUUGGGAGUGUGUCUGAGUAAUAAUAAACUUGAGAUCAAACAAGG